ACGACGAGGAGGAGGACGAGGAGGAGCAGGAGGAAAAGCGAGGCAGGAGGGGCCGUCGGCCACAGGCGAUGCCGGCGCUCUUCUCUGGCCGGCCGCUGGGCGGGCGGCCCGUCCCCGCGCGCGCGCGAGCUGGCGCGGCACCCGCCAGGCUCGGGGGAACGCUUGGGAGGGCUUUGCUCGGGCCGGGUCAAAGGUUGAUGGGAAAGGGUCGGAGGGGUGUUUGAUUAUUCGGCUGUACAUGUGCUGGGCAUGCUGUGGCUCUGUCUGUCGGCUCGCAGUCGUCGGCUGCUGCCACGGUGACCGCUGGCAUUCCGAGCAGGCUCGCCUGCGGGAGCACCACGGCCGCUGCCGCGGCAGGCGAGGCGGCAGCAGCGGCGGUGCCUGCCCGAGCAUCGGAAGCAGAACACGUCCGGAAAAGAGAGGCCGGCUUCCCUGGCUCAUCACGCACGCAAUUCUGGAUCCAGGGCGUUUCUCUCAAUCCUGUUGCGCCAGGCUGUGCCAGAAAUCACGCUCCUCUGGUGCAGGGGCACUUCUGGCAGCACCCGAGAGCAGGCGCGAGGCCGAGUCGGCCAGGCCGAGCACCGGGCCUGCCGGGUGCGGGUGCGCCUGCUUCGCGCAGCUGUCGACGCGAUGGCCGCCGAGGAGGAGCAGGCUCGGCAGGAGGAGAGACGCAGC